UAUAUAAGAGUACGAUUAACCUCGGGAUUUGAAAUCACUGCUUAUAUACCUGGUAUUGGCCAUAAUUUACAAGAAGAUUCUGUAGUCUUAGUAAGAGGGGGAAGGGUUAAGGAUUUCCCCGGUGUGAGAUAUCACAUUGUUCGAGGAACCCUAGAUGCUGUCGGAGUAAAGGAUCAUCAACAAGGGCUACGAUUAACCUCGGGAUUUGAAAUCACUGCUUAUAUACCUGGUAUUGGCCAUAAUUUACAAGAAGAUUCUGUAGUCUUAGUAAGAGGGGGAAGGGUUAAGGAUUUCCCCGGUGUGAGAUAUCACAUUGUUCGAGGAACCCUAGAUGCUGUCGGAGUAAAGGAUCGUCAACAAGGGCGUUCUAGUGCGUUG